AUGGAUAGUGCAUUGAACCGUGAUAUUUUUUUUGAUAAAUCAAAUGCAUUAAUUGGAAGUAAACAAGAAGACACUUGUUUUUAUUUCUCUCAAGAAAGGUACUCUAAAAUACUUUCAGAAGUUAGUUCUGCUAAAACUAAGUGCAGUACACCUUUGGAUUAUAGACGUUUAAAACGUUUCGACAUUUUAAAAAUUACUGAUGAAGAAAAGUUGAUUGUGCCAUUAAAACCUGGAGAAACGAAUAUCCAGUACUACGUUACCAAUGAUGAAUUGUUUAAUAUUCUUUCCGAAAGUCAUAUUAGAACAGGCCAUGGAGGAAAAACAUGUAUGCUUAAAGAAUUGCAAGUUAAAUACAAGAAUAUUACAUAUGAAGUUGUAAUGUUGUAUUUAAAUUUGUGUAAACAAUGUCAAACGAACUGUGCGCCUAAAAAAGGUAUUGUUGUGAAACCAAUGGUUAGUUCGGAGUUAAACUCAAGAUGUCAAGUGAAUCUGAUAGACUUGCAGCCGCACAGGGAUGACGAUUACAAGUUUACAUUGGUAUAUCAAGACCAUUUGACGAAAUUUGUCCAGUUACGACCAUUAAAAACCAAGACAGCAAAAGAAUGCCACCUUCUUCAUAUUUUCCUAACAUUUGGUGCCCCAGCGAUAUUGCAUUCAGAUAAUGGUAGAGAAUUCAUUAAUCGCUUCGUAUCUGAACUAUGUGCUAUGUGGAAAGAUAUCAAGAAAGUUCACGGAAAGCCUCAUCAUAGUCGAAUACAAGGCUCAGUCGAAAGAGCUAAUCAGGAUAUACAAAAUAUGUUAACUGCAUGGAUGAACGAUAAUGAUUCAAAGAAAUGGUGA